CUCUCGACACUGCGACCUGCCGAGAGACCCUAAAACCCUCUCUGCUUCCCCGACCCAUUGCUUUCCUUAAAAAUCUGUGAUCAAUCAUCUCGAUUUUGAUUGGGAAAAGGCUUUCUAAAAGAUUUCGUUAUGGAUUUGGAAGAAGAGUAUGAUCAAGGAUACAACGACGAGGAAGAAGAUAUAACCCAAGAGGAUGCUUGGGCAGUUAUCAGUUCUUACUUCGAAGAAAAGGGUCUUGUUCGUCAACAACUCGAUUCAUUUGAUGAGUUUAUUCAGAAUACUAUGCAGGAAAUUGUGGACGAAUCUGCAGAUAUCGAGAUCCGACCCGAAUCCCAGCACAAUCCGGGUCACCAGCCUGAUUUUGCCGAGACAAUCUAUAAGAUCAGCUUUGGUCAGAUUUAUCUGAGUAAGCCAAUGAUGACAGAGUCAGAUGGUGAAACCGCCACAUUGUUUCCAAAGGCAGCAAGGCUGAGGAAUCUGACAUAUUCUGCACCAUUGUAUGUUGACGUAUCAAAGAGGGCUAUAAAGAAAGGGCAUGAUGGUGAAGAAGUUACAGAAACUCAAGAUUUUGCUAAAGUCUUCAUUGGAAAGGUUCCUAUUAUGCUCCGGUCAAGUUACUGUACAUUAUUUCAGAAUUCAGAAAAGGAUUUGACUGAACUUGGAGAGUGCCCAUAUGAUCAAGGUGGAUAUUUCAUCAUCAAUGGGAGUGAAAAGGUUCUAAUUGCUCAAGAGAAAAUGAGCACCAAUCAUGUGUAUGUAUUUAAGAAGAGGCAACCAAAUAAAUAUGCUUAUGUGGGAGAAGUUCGUUCAAUGGCAGAAUCUCAAAAUAGGCCACCAAGUACCAUGUUUGUUCGCAUGCUUUCUCGGACUAGUGCCAAAGGGGGCUCCUCGGGUCAAUAUAUUCGUGCUACUCUUCCAUAUAUCCGAAUUGAAAUUCCUAUCAUUAUAGUGUUUCGAGCACUGGGAUUUGUUGCUGAUAAAGAUAUAUUAGAACACAUUUGUUAUGAUUUUGCUGAUACUCAAAUGAUGGAGUUGUUAAGACCAUCACUAGAAGAAGCAUUUGUAAUACAAAAUCAACAAGUGGCACUAGAUUACAUUGGGAAAAGAGGUGCCACUGUUGGUGUCACGAAAGAGAAGAGAAUAAAGUAUGCCCGUGAUAUUCUUCAAAAAGAAAUGCUUCCUCAUGUGGGUGUUGGAGAGUAUUGUGAAACAAAGAAAGCAUACUACUUUGGUUAUAUUAUACACCGACUUUUGUUAUGUGCUCUUGGUCGGAGGGCUGAGGAUGAUAGGGAUCAUUAUGGAAACAAAAGGUUGGAUCUUGCUGGCCCAUUGCUUGGGGGGCUAUUUAGAAUGCUCUUCCGGAAGUUAACCAGAGAUGUAAGAGGAUAUGUUCAGAAGUGUGUAGACAAUGGGAAAGAUGUUAAUCUGCAAUUUGCAAUUAAAGCAAAGACGAUAACAAGUGGGCUUAAAUAUUCACUUGCUACUGGGAAUUGGGGGCAAGCUAAUGCAGCUGGAACUAGGGCUGGUGUUUCACAGGUGUUGAAUCGCUUGACAUAUGCAUCUACAUUGUCACAUUUACGAAGACUCAACUCUCCCAUAGGGCGUGAAGGAAAAUUGGCAAAACCAAGGCAGCUGCAUAACUCACAAUGGGGAAUGAUGUGUCCUGCAGAAACCCCUGAAGGGCAGGCUUGUGGACUGGUGAAGAAUCUUGCAUUGAUGGUUUAUAUAACUGUGGGGUCGGCUGCAUACCCGAUUCUUGAAUUUUUGGAAGAAUGGGGUACAGAAAAUUUUGAGGAAAUUUCUCCUGCUGUGAUCCCUCAAGCUACAAAGAUCUUUGUGAAUGGUCUCUGGGUGGGAAUCCAUCGUGACCCAGACAUGUUGGUGAGAACAUUAAGGAGACUGAGAAGAAGAGUUGAUGUGAACACGGAAGUUGGAGUUGUGCGAGAUAUUCGUUUAAAAGAACUUCGAAUAUAUACAGAUUAUGGUCGUUGCAGUCGCCCGCUUUUCAUUGUUGAAAAGCAAAGGCUUUUAAUAAAAAAGAAAGAUAUCCAAAAGCUCCAACAAAGGGAAACCCCAGAAGAUGGUGGGUGGCAUGAUCUUGUAUCAAAUGGAUUCAUUGAGUAUAUUGAUACAGAAGAGGAAGAGACUACUAUGAUUUCCAUGACCAUUAAUGAUCUUGUAAGUGCAAGGGAAAAUCCAGGUGAAUCUUAUUCAGACACUUACACACAUUGUGAAAUCCAUCCGUCUUUAAUCUUGGGUGUUUGUGCCUCAAUUAUACCAUUUCCUGACCACAACCAGUCUCCACGUAAUACGUAUCAAUCGGCCAUGGGUAAGCAAGCUAUGGGAAUUUACGUCACCAACUUCCAGUUUCGUAUGGAUACAUUGGCCUAUGUGCUUUACUAUCCCCAAAAACCUCUUGUUACUACACGAGCAAUGGAGCACUUACACUUCCGACAGCUUCCAGCUGGCAUUAAUGCAAUUGUGGCAAUUUCGUGUUAUUCUGGAUAUAACCAAGAAGAUUCCGUUAUCAUGAACCAGUCCUCAAUAGACCGUGGCUUCUUCAGAUCACUCUUUUUCCGUUCUUACAGGGACGAAGAGAAGAAGAUGGGGACACUUGUGAAGGAAGAUUUCGGUCGUCCCGAUAGAGCUAACACCAUGGGCAUGCGACAUGGUUCUUACGAUAAAUUGGAUGAUGAUGGUCUUGCUCCUCCUGGGACAAGAGUUGGUGGUGAGGACGUGAUUAUUGGGAAGACAACACCAAUUGCUCAAGAUGAUGCUCAAGGGCAAGCCUCCAGAUACACUCGUCGUGAUCACAGUACAAGCUUACGUCAUAGUGAAACCGGAAUGGUUGAUCAGGUGCUGUUGACAACAAAUGCUGAUGGGUUGAGGUUUGUGAAAGUGAGGGUGAGGUCAGUGAGGAUCCCACAAAUUGGAGAUAAAUUUAGCAGUAGACAUGGUCAGAAGGGAACAGUUGGGAUGACUUACACGCAAGAAGACAUGCCAUGGACUGUGGAGGGAAUCACUCCUGACAUUAUUGUGAAUCCUCAUGCUAUUCCUUCUCGUAUGACAAUCGGUCAACUCAUUGAGUGUAUCAUGGGCAAAGUCGCUGCUCAUAUGGGGAAAGAAGGAGACGCCACUCCCUUCACCGAUGUCACCGUGGAUAACAUCAGUAGAGCGCUUCACAAGUGCGGUUACCAAAUGCGUGGGUUCGAGACAAUGUACAACGGUCACACUGGCCGACGCCUAACUGCCAUGAUAUUCCUGGGGCCCACUUACUACCAAAGACUUAAACAUAUGGUUGACGACAAGAUCCAUUCACGUGGACGCGGUCCCGUCCAGAUCCUGACCCGACAGCCCGCAGAGGGCCGGUCACGUGACGGUGGGCUCCGGUUUGGUGAAAUGGAGCGCGACUGCAUGAUUGCUCAUGGUGCGGCCCAUUUCCUUAAAGAACGGCUCUUUGACCAGAGUGAUGCUUAUCGGGUUCAUGUCUGUGAGCGCUGUGGCUUGAUUGCAAUUGCUAAUAUCAAAAAGAGUUCCUUUGAGUGUAGAAGUUGCAAGAAUAAAACUGAUAUAGUUCAGGUGCAUAUUCCAUAUGCUUGCAAGUUGUUGUUCCAAGAGCUUAUGUCUAUGGCGAUUGCACCUAGGAUGCUUACCAAAGAUGUGAAGCAAGCAAAAGAUAGCAAGAAGAAAGGGGCUUGAGUUGAGAUGAUAUGGUACACAACUUGUGAUGUAAUGAUUUUUACGGGAUUUUGAAAGGUUGAGCGGGAAGUCUAGUUAAUGUAUACUAAUUUUCUUUACACUAUUAUAUGGUGAACCUACUUUAUAUCGUACAAUACGGAAUUUGAGAAUUUUUAAGCUGAAUUGUCUCUACUUUGUUAAAAAUGUUUUUGACAGUUUAAUGGACCAGAGUUCUGUUGAUAUUAUAAAGCAAAAUAACAAUAUGUUUAGGUCUUGG